UAGCUAUUUUGAAGGAUGGUGUCGAGUAUUUGUAUGUACAAUGCACUGCCAUUCAGCAUACUGACUGCAGCUAUUAUAUUAUAAGCAACUGCCUUGGCUUACAAUAUGAUGUGGGACUGGGUGUGGGUGGCCUUGUCAAGAUUCCAUCCAGAUUUAAGAUUUUAACUAUCAUCUAUAUUCUACAUUAGUUUGCCUGCUGAUGGGGAAGAUGAGUGCCACGGAAAAGCCUCCUUCUGCCGACAUUCAGAGCAAUGGGACUUCUACAUCCGUUACAGAAGCGGUCAACCCCAGUGUCGACUACACCAAGAAUUUAACGACUUUCUCUUGUGCUCGCUAUGUGAUGGAGGUGUGCCACAAGCUGGACACCAACGUUCUCACUACGGCCACCGCGCUCACUUAUUUUCACACUUUCUACAAAAAUGUCCCUUUGGAUCAGUUCGAUCCAUUCACCAUAGGCUGCACAUGUAUAUACCUUGCCUCUAAAGUUGUUGACGAUGACAUCAGGAUUCGGGACAUAGUGAACGUAGGAUUCAACUGCAUUAACAGAGAUUCACCACCUCUCAUGCUUGAGCAUUACUUCACUAUGCGUGAUUCCAUCACGCAAACCGAACUAUUGCUCAUGAGGGCACUAGGUUUCAAAUUAAAAAUUGAUCUUCCACAUAAAUACCUACUUCACUACCUGCAGUCAUUGGAAGACUGGCUUGGCAGGGAUCUACUCGAUUCGGUGCCUGUAAAACAAACGGCAUGGAGUCUCCUGCAAGAUGCUUUUCACGACCCCUUGGUAACAAGCUGCCAGCCUGAACUCCUUGCGGUAACCUGCAUACACGUAGCUCUCGAACUGUACGGCGUUGUUGUGCCCAGCGAAGUAGAUCCUUGGUACACGGUGCUGCACGAUGCAUGUACGAAAGAUAGAGUUUUGGAUAUUGCGCUAAAAUUACUUGGUCUUUACAAUGAAGAGAAAUUGCUGACUAUGUUUCCUUAGUUAAAUUAGAUACAUUUUUACGGUACUACAAACUGAUUAAUAAGUUGUACUGGAAAUGAACGUAUACUUUCAUGAUUCAUCUGCUGGGGUCUCCAUAAAAUUUUUAGGCUCAGGAAUGUUGCAGGAAAUAAAUCGAAGGGAUAUAAAAGAUAAAUUGUAACACGGAAGCAUUAUAAUAAAAAUUUAACUGCGAUCGUUCUAAAGGAAGUAUAAAUAUUUGAUUACUGAUAGCCAACGUCAAUAAUGGUAGAAAAUUUCAGACCUAAGUUUAAGAAGAAAAAACAUUAUCCUCACUGUGAAGACAUGGGUUUCAAUAAAAGUCUUUCAAAUUGUUGUCA